AUGGUAAGAAUUACAGUUGAAAUGGUUCGUAAAAAGGCAGAACAUCACGAAUGCCUUCUAGCACCGCUUGAAGAAAUAGCGUUACAUCAAGAAAACAUUGAAAAAAUUGAAUUCAUCCAAGACUGGUGUCCGAAGCUUAAAAUACUUCUGAUGCAGAGCAAUUUAAUUGCAAAAAUUGAAAAUCUUAACAAGCUUAAACAUUUAAACUAUCUUAAUUUGGCGCUUAAUAACAUCGAAGUAAUUGAGAACUUGGAACGUUGUGAAUCAUUGCAAAAAUUAGACCUAACCUUGAAUUUUAUUGGUGAAAUUUUAAGUGUGGAGUCGCUGACUGGCAACUAUAACUUAGAAAAUUUAUACUUAACAGGAAAUCCUUGUACAGAUUAUGAUAACUACAGAGAUUUCGUUAUUGGAACACUCCCGCAGCUCAUAUCCCUUGAUGGUAGAGAAAUUGAGAGAUCUGACAGGAUAAAAGCAUUACAAAAUCUUCCCGUUAUACGCUCGGACAUUUUGUUUGAACAGGAAAAUUAUCGUUAUCAGAGAAAAGCUCAAAAAUCAAGAUUAGAUCGUGAUAUAAAAAGUAAAUGGGAGAAUGAGUACAAAGAUAUGGAACCCGAUGAGAGGAACAAGAAAUUCUGGGCAGAAAAAUGUGAACAUUCACCUGAAGUACGGUAUGAAAUAGAACGUAUGAGACAGUUGAAGUUGAAAUCCUACGAGCCCGCUCCAAAAGAAGAGAAAAAACGAGUUUACAAGUACUUCGCCCCCGAUGGACGACCUUUUAAUAUCAACCAAGCCAAAAUAGACUUUCGCUUUGAUGAUUCGGAACCAGAUAAAUAUGUCCUAGACCUGGCAGUGUACAAACAUCUUGACACAAGUUUAUUGGAGAUUGAUGUACAACCUAAUUACGUAAGAAUCACAAUAAGGGGUAAAUUAUUUCAAUUACAUCUCCCAGAAGAAGUGGAUAUUUCUAAUUCGAUAGCACAACGUUCGAAAAUAACUGGCCAUAUGGUUGUAACAAUGCCCAAAGCUAAUGUAAUUGUCACCGAUAAAUCACAGAUUAAAAAACCGAUUAAACACUCACAGCUAUACCACGAGCAUACGAUUGCAGACUGUGCAAUAAAAACAGAACAGACGAAAAGAGAGUAUUUAGAGAUUGGAGCGUCUGAUAUUCUAGAUUUUACGAAAAUGACAGAAUCCAGUACUAUGCCUUCAUAUACUGAUACUAGAAUUAAAUUGUCAUCAAAACAGCCUGCUCCAGAUUUCGUUGACGAUCCUAAUGUACCGGAAUUGAUAUAA